UCGGUCGGAUAACAUGUGUUCGGAUAGUUAGACAUUCAAAACGGUGGUAGUAAUAAUUUAAGAGGCCGGUUUUUUUUAAAGAGAGCUAGAUACUUAUACAUUAUAGCCUGUAUAUUUUUUGAAAUUGUAAAUGUGUAUAAGAGUUUAGAUUCUUUGUUGUUGUUUUUCUUGUUUUUGUGCGAUGUUUCCUAAAUGAAAACAAGAUCGAAAUACGAUCGAAUGUGUACAUUCUUCUUCUUGAGCACUGGUCGGUCAUUUAUUCACAAUAUACAAAAAAAAAAUAAUAAAAUAUAAUAAAGUAAAAUGAAAAAACACUACUACUUUUCACAGUAUUUGUGAUAAUGUGUCUAUGUAAAAGAUUUCUGUUGUGUUGUGAAUCAUCUGUUGAAAACAAAUGGAAAAAUAUCAAACAAAACCUUUAGAAAAUAAACAAAAAAUUUAAAAAAGAUAAUUGAAAAUUAAAUAUGUGAACAAAAAAAUUGCCAACAAAUUAUAAAAAAAAAUUUAGAGAAAUUUCUAAACUAACAAAGUAACAUAAACAAAAAAUAUAUAAUUUAUCAAUUGUAUGCGAAAAGCAUAAAUAAAUAUAUAAAUUCGUAACAAACAGUCUACUCCAAAAUCUCUCUUUUCUCUUUUUCACAUAAUAUGUCAUUAUAAGUGUUUCUUUAUUUUUAAUAAUUUGCCCAUUUAUUAAUAAAAAAUAUCAUCAUAGAUUUUAUGAUUAAUUAAGUAAAAAACGUAAUUGUCAUAGAAAAAAGAAGUUGCCAUGGAAGACGAUCAAACUACUUGUCGACCGGUACCAGCACCACGACGACUUUAUCCAGAACUACGAAAAUCCGAAUAUGAAAAUGUUAAAAUCGAGUUAAUCAAUAAGAAUCUAAAUAUAAAUUCCGAAAAUAUUCAAAACAAUGCGAAUAGUAACGAAAAAGUACAGAAUAAUAAAGUAUUUUUACUUUAUCCCACAUUGCCGGAAGAUGUGGACAGAUUGUCCAUAAAUUCCUCAACUACACAAAAAUCCAUACUAACCGAAACAAAUGAUUUAUAUGGACCAGAUGCCAAUGAAAAUGUACCAGUAUAUAGUACGCCCAGGCCAGCACCACGUCCACGUAAACCCCAAAACACAGAUAUUCAAAAUUAUGAAAAUACUGUAAUAACACCACCACCACAACAGACGCCACCCUCAUUAGAAUCCUCCACAGGAGCUGUUAGCAAAGCUUUACGCAGAGCCCCUGAAUUGCCACCGAAAACUUAUUUAAAUUUUGAACGCGAUAAUGAACGCAGACGUAGUAAUUACUCCAUUUCAAGUGAAUUUUCCACCACCAGCAGUAUUCACAAUACAUCGUCACCACCUGAUGCAAAAGAUACUAAUUUCAAACGUGAUAAAUUUAACAAAUCAUAUGCAAGUUAUAAAUCAUCAAGUUCAUCUUUAGCCGAAUCGAUUGAAAGUUCCGAGAAUUCAAAAUAUAAAUCAGCAUCACCCGGGUAUGUAAAGGGCAUCAUCAACCACACAGAUAAUAACUAUGAUGAAGACGACAUUGAUGAUGAUGAUGAUGUUUUUAAACAAGAAGCAUUUGAUGAUGAACAUAAUGUCAAAACCUCUCAUGACAAUGACCUCUGGAAAUCGUUGGGUACAACAUCAAAGUUAUUAACCGAAUCUAUAGGAGAACGUAUGGCCUUAAAAGCCAAGGGCGCCAAACAUAAAUUCGAUAAAAAUUUCAAAUCAUCCUCAGAAGCUUUAACCAAUAUAGGCAGUGAAACCACACAGCGCCUAAAGAAACUUGGAUCGAAUUUUACUUUAACGAAAACAAAAAAUAAAGAAAAUAUGGCCACAGCACAAUUUAAUGUGGAUAGACCGCAAACAUUACCGCCAAAUGAUCAAGUCUUUAAUGGCAUAACAUUCACCAGUCCGCUCAGCAAUAAGGCCAGGGGUAUGUAUGACUUGAGAUCACAAGAAUUGGAUAAUUCCUAUGAAGUGCCAAAAAAUAUAAAAAUAACAAAAAGAAAUGAAGAGCUUGUAGAGCCACCAUCAUAUGAGGAUGUUUUAAAAUCGAAUACAGAUGAAAAACCUGCAAUAAAAACCAAUCCUUUAGCCUUGGAAGCAGCCAAUAGAGUGCUUUUAAAACAGCAGCAAAGAAAUAUGAUGCGAGAGGCACUAUCUGCCGAAAGUUCAGCACGUAAUUCCAAUAAUUCUUUAGAUUUACCCUCACCUUCACCACCCAUGCCCACCAUACCUGCUCCAGCUUUGCCCCAGGAAUUUGUGGAUUCUAAGGAACCAGCUUAUGGCAAAAUUAAUCUUAUACAACCGCCGGCCAGACAAAGGAGACGUAAAAAUUAUGAAGAAAUUGAACUAAGAAAGGAAACAGCAGUAGAGCCCUCUCUUGAAUCUAACAAUGAAUCGACCAAGCCACUGCGCAUGAAUGUAGACUCUACCGAAUUACAUGAAUUGAAUAAAGCUGCUGCUUUAAGAGAGCGUGAAGAGUCUUUAAUAUUGAGAGAGAAAAUCAAGGAGGAAGAAAUGAAAACUCCACAACCGGAUCGUAGUGAUUCUUGGGAAUAUCACGAAGAACAAGAUAGUUCAUCUUCAAUGGAUGAACCUGUUUAUGCCAAUCAAGAUCAGACGUAUGGCAAUGUUUUCGAAUUGGCUUCAGGCCAUAAAGAUAUAUUAACACCACGAAAUGCCUUAAUCAAUAUAUCCGAAGAAGAUGAGUCUUUAGAUGAGUGUGAUAUGGGAGCAGUAGGUGGCAUGAUAAGGCCACCUAAAGAGAUUAUAGAAGAAUUCGAUCCUUUGCUGUCAAGAAAAACCUUAAACAUAAAUAAAUCAGAUAAAAGUAAUCAGUUAUUAUUGCUGGAGCAUUUACUCGAAGAAGAUACGUAUGGCAGUGUCAAGGGUGAACAUUCCAAAUCAGAUGACGAUAUUAGUAUGUGCACUUCAGAAGAAGAUAAUCUGCAGGCCGAACCUAAAACACCCACAGUUAAAGUGCUGCCUACACCUUCAACACAAACAUUAGAACAGUCAUCAUCAUCAUCAUCUUCACCUAAACCUAUGCAAAUUGUACAUCAAAAUGCUCAACUGUUAUCCGACAGCAAAGAAAACAUAUUGGAUAAUGACUUUGAAGCCAGAGUUAAACCCUACUUAAGCCGCCUAGAAGAAAACCCAAUUAAAACGUCUAAUGUUGAUUUGGCGCGACCUUCACAAACACGUUCGCAAUGGUUUGUGGCUGAAGACACGCCGCAAGGAAAUUCCGCAAAACGCACUAAUCCCUUCAACAAGGAACAAAACAUUGUAGAAGAUGGCGAAAGUCCACCUUCUUACCUGGAAGCUAUAGGCGCUAACGAAAAGUCAACGGACAAUUUGCAAAGACAAAACAAUCGUACGGGUACUUCACGUUUUAUGAACAAUACCAUGAAUGUUUUUUCCAAUGUUAAAAUACGCAUGGAUGCUUUAAAACGCAAGGCCAGUUUUAAGAAUCCAGCUAAACCCAGCGACGUUAAGGUUACCUUACAAAUGAUACCGCGUCCUAGCCUAUCACCUUUGUUGGUACGUUAUGAGGGUCCUCUCAUACGUUUUCCAUCGGGUGUUGUUGAGGACAUAUUGAAGGAAAUGCAAAAUCGCAAAGCCAUUCUAAGGGAUCGUCAGUUUCAGACAUACCUCGAUCAGGAAAUGAAAACACCCAAAGAAGCCAUACCACUGGAGUAUAUUACCACCAUACAAUGUGUCAGCAAUAGUCGAGUAACGGACAAUUCAACACAUUUUUAUUGUUUUGAAAUUACUACAGCUGUGCCGAAAAACGGCAAUAGUUCCUCUAAUAUGCAUUUGUCAAAUCCUAAUUUAAUAAUGACCUCGGGCUCGUCGGGAAAUAUUAAACAGCAGAGAAUUGCUCAUUUGUAUGGUGUGGGUAAGGAGUCGGAGAGGGGUAUUUGGAUGCAAAAACUUUUAGAAAGCCUAACGAACGCCAUUCCAACGAAGUACACGUGUCAUUAUUACAGAGCUGGUUGGUGUUAUUUAAAGAACUCUAUAACAUCUGAAUGGAGUGGCACUUGGCUGGUAUUAAAGAAAACACAAAGACGUCUCAUAUUUGUAACCGAAACAACCGGAAAUGUAGAAAAAAUGGAUCUAAGAAAAGCUCGUUGUAUAGUGCACAAAGAUAGUGAUGAUAGCGUAAAGAAUUUGCACGUCGAAUCUGGACCUAUGCUUAUGAUAGAUGCUCCACCAUUUUCCGUCUACAUGAUUAUGAGUUCACCCAGAGAAACCAAAAUAUGGCGCCAUAUUAUACGUGAGGUGGCACACAAUAACGGUUUCACUUUAGGUGACCAACAACUAACGAAAUUUAAUGUACCCGUUAUUGUGGAUAAAUGUAUUAAUUUUGUUUACAUACACGGUUCCAUGUCGGAGGGUAUCUAUCGGAAAUCGGGUUCAGAGAAUUCCAUUUUGAAACUAAUGUCAGCAUUCCGUUCCGAUGCCUUUAAUGUGGAAAUCACACGCAACGAAUACAAUGAACAUGAUGUGGCUAAUGUUUUAAAACGUUUUAUGCGUGAUUUGCCCGAACGCUUAAUGGGUAAAUUAUCGGAAAGUUUUAUAUGUGUUUCGGAACUAACGUCUGCAGCGGAAAAGAUAACAUUGUAUAAGGAAUUGUUGGCUCGUUUGAGUAUAAUAGAACGUGAGACGCUUAAGAAAAUCGUGGGCCAUUUAUCGUUUAUUAGCUCGCAAAAGUCGAAAAACAAAAUGAGCAUACAAAACUUAACCAUGAUUUGGGGUCCAACGCUAAUGCAAAGUCAUCAAACAGAGGAAAUGGUGUAUUCACAAAAGGAGGCUGAUGUCCUGUGUGAUUUGAUAAAUUUGUAUAAAAAUUUAUUCCCCUUAUCAGCAGAUGAAAUUAAAAAAGAACAAGAAAUGCUAAUGUGUUUGCAAAAAUACUAUGCUGCCGCUGAAACUUUAUCAGAUACAGUCAAAAAGUCAGGAGAUUUAAAAGUAUGGAUUACACUCAAUCCCAAUCCAGAAAAUACAACAGAGGAAAAGACUCAAAUUAAUGUAACCAUCUCACCCACCAAAACGGUUUAUGAAGUUUGCCAAGAACUUGCACCAAAAAUGCAACUCUCCACCCAUCAAGUCACCCUGCAUGAGGUUAUUUUAAAUGGUACUUUAGAACGUCCUCUGCAUCAUGACAGCAAAGUUUUCGAAGUUGUACUCAAUUGGUCAUAUUGGCCUGAAGAUGAUCGCAAAAAUAAUGUACUCGUAGUUAAACCUAUAGAAAUUCUCAAUGAAGUACAAAGGGCGGUUAAACAUUUAGCUACUGUAACACCCGGCAAGGAGUUGAAAUUUGCCGAUAAUAAAACAAAAUCCUUUAAGGCGUACCAGUGCGAAUUGCGAGAUGGCAAAAUUGUUAUUUCGAAAAAGGAUAAAAACGAUAAGACUACUAUUGUACGAGAGAUAUUCUUGCAUAAUACAACAGCCUAUUUGGGGUGUGAAAAGAAACGAGAUUUUCCCUGGAGUUGGGCGAUAACGUUUGUGGAAAAGACAAAAACUCAAAUUUUAAGAUCGCGAGAUUCACCAUAUAUAGGCCAUGUUUUAGCCGGCAGUGAAUGGGUUGAUCGUACGAUUUGGUAUUCCAGCAUAUGGUAUUGUUUAUAUGGCGACAGCAUAUUGCCACCAGCAGAAAUUAUUAUUAAUUAAGUUAAAAGUAAAUGCAACAUACAACUUCAUUAUUCAUACAAACAUGUCAUUUUUAAAUGUAUUUAAAGUAAGUAAAAUUAAGUAGUAUUUCAUUGUAAAAACAUUUUAAAAUGUUUUCAAUUAAUGCAUUUUUAGCAAUUUAAGGUGUUCAAACCAAUUUGAAUUAAAAACCCCAAGUCUGGAACUUAUUUUCAAAAUCAUUUUGUAUAUAGCACAAAUUAUGCAUAAUAACUAAUAUGUAUUUUUAAAUUAUUUUUUAAUAACUUGCUGAAGACUUUUUAUUGAAAAGAAAAAAAAUAAAUAAAAUUAGAAUUUUUUAAAAAUGUAUUUCUGUUAAAAUAAAAUUUAAUUGUUAAAUUUAUUUAAAUUAAGUACUAAAGUAAAACUUAUUUUUUAAAACACCUUUCAAAAAAACAAAAUAUAAAUAUGUUAUACAAUAUUUUUUAAAAAUUAAA